AUGGCACUUGGGAAACUCACUCACUACACCAUCGAUCUCCUCCUUCUUUCUAUGCUUUUUGCAGGUAUCAGAAGAGACACUGGGUACUAUCUUGAUCCCUCCCAGUUCUCGUCGUACGAUGUCAGAAGAUACUUGGCCAAGUAUCUCAGCUACGGUGAAAAAGCCUACGACUAUUUCCUCACCCUCAUAAAGUACACUGGGUACUUCAAAUUGCAAAGAUUCAACAAUAUUAAGCGGUUUGUCAACGACGUGAACACCACCCUCAACUCCGGGGACAGAAUCCAGCCGCUCCACGACGAGGAAGACUUCACAGAGAUCAAUAGCAACCAUUAUUCUUAA